GUGAAGUCCUCUAGUAAAGUGUGAUGGUACGUACCGGUCUUACAAGUCUGCCUUCCCCAGCCGAAAUUCAAAGGUAGAAAUAAUUAUUCCCCCGCGUUUAUUUUCUAUUGCCUUGCCUUUCUUCCCCCAUCUCCCCCAGCCUCACGCCUCACCUCACCACCCCAAUACUACUUGGUGUGAAUAAUAGUACGUGUCGAACUAUUUCGACUUCACUUCGACUUCACUUUAACACGACUCUGACUACAGCGAACUCCAACAGCAAAUGCAAUUCGAACACUCGCCCACCCAACGUUCCCGCACCCGUCUGCACUGCCAGAUGCAACCUCCAACCGGCCACGAGCAACUUCCACGCACUGAUCGAUCGCACCUUAGAGUAGAUGCUGAGCGCAGACGUGGCGCACCUUGAAUAAUUCACGUCUAUUCGAGAACACAACUGAAUCACCCUGAACACACUGCGACAACUACAAGCAAGUCGAGAGACACAACCUACAACAACGAUCCAACCAUGCGGUCGACCGAGACCAAGGCUAUGACAGCCACCAAGACCGUCCGCGGAUUCCACACUCCCGCUGCCUCUGGCGAUGAAGACUCAGACUACAACUCCGGCUUCAAUACCCCUCGCCCACACACGCUGACCCCCAAGCCCGCGCCCACCGAGUCGGGCCUCAAAGACAUGGUCCGCAACAACAGCUGUGCCAUGGUCCGGCAAGAGUCCAACCAAUCCACCGCCUCCUCAGCAUCGCCAACCAAGAUGAGCGGCAUCGGGCACCUGCUGCGACAGGAGCUGCAGAACCUCAAUCUGGACGGGGCAAAGUCACGCAGCCAGUCGUUUGUGAAUGGUGUCAAGGACCGUUUCAAGAAGGGGUCGCCAGGGAGCAGCACGGGUUAUACUACACCAGACAAGAGUGAUAGUGAUUCGGGUGAGCGCACGUACGAGGUUACGAUUGGUGCGACGGGGGGUUAUGAUUACAUUGCCAACGGCAGGUUCCCGACCUGGGACGAGAGAGAUAACUACGGUGCGGAUUUUGGCGUGCCACUUGAGCCGGGUGAAUAUGAUCCAGAACUUCUAAAUACGAACCGCAAGAUGUCGGCUGCCGACUUUGAGCCCCUUCGUUGUCUGGGCAAGGGCACAUUCGGGACGGUGCAUUUGGUCAGGCAGAUUUCAACUGGGCGUUUGUUUGCGCAGAAGCAGUUCAAGAAGGCAACACUCAUUGUGCAUACGUCACAGGUCGAGCAGACGAAGACGGAACGCACAAUCCUGGAGAACAUCAACAGACACCCAUUCAUUGUGAAGCUCUACUAUGCCUUCCAAGACCAGGCCAAGCUGUAUCUCAUUCUGGAGUAUGCGCAGGGCGGCGAGCUGUUCACCCACAUGCAGCUUGAGUGCUUCUUUGUCCAGGACCGUGCUGCAUUCUACAUGGCGGAGUUGGUCCUUGCACUGGAGCAUCUCCACAAGAACCUUGGUGUCGUUUACCGUGAUCUCAAGCCUGAGAACUGUCUGCUGGAUUCUGAAGGCCACCUCCUCCUUACCGAUUUCGGCCUCUCCAAAGUCGCCCUCGAUGGCGAGAGCUGUGCAACUGUCGCUGGCACUGUUGAGUACAUGGCCCCUGAGGUCGUGCAGGGCAAGAAGUAUGGAUUCGCUGUCGACUGGUGGUCGCUUGGCGCACUGGGGUUUGACCUGAUGACUGGCAACCCUCCCUUCCGCGGCAACAACAAGAACAUCAUCAUGCAAAACAUCGUGCACGGCAAGCUCAAGCUACCUUACCACCUCAGCUCCGAGACAAAGGACCUUCUCACACGCCUACUACGCAAGGAACCCAAGAAGCGCCUUGGCUACGGCCCACGUGACAUCCAGACCAUCAAGUCCCACCGCUUCUUCAAGAACAUCGACUGGGCGGCCCUGGGACGCCGCGAGGUCAGCCCUCCCAUCGUGCCAUUCAUCAAUGACCCUGAGCUGGCUGAGAACUUCUCCAGCGAGUUCACGACGCUGCCGCUGAGCCCAGUGGUGGAGCGCGGGAAUUGGGGGUCAAGGGAGGAUUUAAACCCAUCAAAUGUGUUCAACGGGUUUAGCUAUGUGGCGAGCCAGAGCCUUCUCGAUGGGUUCAGUGGGCAUUGUCGUGGGGGGUUGAAGCUGGCUGCGGAUGAUGAUGAGGAUGAUGAGGAUGCGGAUGAGGAGAGUUUGGUGGAGAAGGAUGAUGAUGAUGAUGGGUGGGGAGAUGUGACGGGGAGAGGGCAGAGAGCUGAUAGCGUGGCAUCGAUGAUUAGUUUAUAGGGCAGUGAUGCGUCUUCAGCCCGCUCACGACAAGAGUGAGGCGAGGCAUUCAAUGAUUUACUGAUGGCGGCUCAGCGAUGCACCGACAUGGACGGCCUUCCAAAGAGCGAGCGAGCGAGCGAUACAUGGCGUUAAUGGGAGUCCUGCGACAGAAGAGAGAGAUAAGAUCUACACCUGCUCAAGCUUAUUACAAAAUGGAGGAUCCGUUUGUUUCUCUUCUUUUUUUUUCAUCAUGGGAGGACGAUUGCAUCUGCAUCUGCAUCAUACAAACAGGCCGGCAGCAUGAUAGAUGGAGGCGAUCGAUCGUUAGGUAGACGGAGGAGGCUUUCAUGCACUUACUUGCCAUAAUAAUAGAUGGGAGGAUUUUGCUUUUCCUGGCUAAAAUGUUGUCUAUAAAUGCGCUGUCUUUGAAAUGAGGGAUCCAUAGAGGUCCGAAUAAGCAAUCGCAAGAAAUUCAAGCCUAUUCUAAGGAAAUCCAAGCCAAAGCCGUCCAAGACAUCAUCCAAGAAUUCCAAGCAAUCUGUAAAAAAACCCC